AUGGCACUUUCAUUCAUGGACCGAUUCUCCUCAGAUAUACACACUCUCCUUGACCAUAGCAUAUUGAAUAACGUCUUAAUCACAGUGGGUUCAAAGAAAAAUACGAAACAGUUUCAAGCACAUUCUCUCAUAUUACGAGCAAGAUCUUUGUAUUUUAAAGCAGCAUUAUCAAGAAAAUGGAUUAGAUCAAAGAACGGAAUUAUCUUGCUCAAUGAAUCGAACGUGGAUCCAGACGUAUUCGAAAUAUUGUUGAGAUACUUUUACAGUGGAAAAAUAGAUAUAACUCAUAUUCCUCCACAAACGAUACUUUCCCUACUCGAAGCAGCAGAUACAUUGCGCGUAGACGAACUCAUCAUUCCAAUCCAAACAUUCGUUCUUUCUACUUACUCACCCUGGCUUAAGCGACAUCUGGCACUGGUUCAUCGCAUCGCAUUCAAACACCCACCAUUCAAGCUACUCCAAGACUUUUUCAAUGAAAUUAUCAAAUCACAGCCGGAAUUAGUGUUUGAAAGCGAUGACUUUGAUGAUGUAGAAGAAAAGCUGUUAGAAACGUUGUUAUUGCAAGAUGAAUUGAGAAUGCAUGAGUGUAAUGUGUGGAGUCAUACAAUAAGAUGGGGACUUGCAAACACAAAAGGCAUAAAAAGAAAUGCGGAUUGCUGGACUCAGUCUGACAUUGACUCGCUCAAGUCAACGCUCAAAGAUUAUUUACAUUUGAUACGCUUCUUUAACAUCUCUGCAGACAAUUUCAAAUCGCUUGUGGAACCAUAUCACUAUAUAGUUCCAUCUGAGUUGUACAAACAAAUCAUGCCACCUGACGAGAUCGUAUAUUCUGGUAUACGUCCACGAAGGGGUCCCAUCGAGUCGACUUUGAUUAACACUAGACACGCUGCCGUGAUAGCUUCCUGGAUAGAUCAAGGAUUGACCACACCCGAAGCUGAAAACAACCCGUACGAGUUUCACUUGCUACUAAGAGGUUCCCGUGAUGGUUUUACUUCCAAGAAGUUUCAUGAUUAUUGUAGUAAGCAAGGAGCAACGGUAACGGUUAUUAAAGUACGCGACACAGAAGAGAUUAUUGGCGGAUAUACGCCUAAUAAUUGGUAUGCACCUAAACGGGCACUAGUCAGAUGGAAACAUGCAACAAGGAGUUUUAUAUUUUCGUUUGGUAACUCGAUUGAAGAUAAACCUGUCGUAUCUAGGGUAAAGCAUUACGGCUGUGCUAUUGCUAAUUCUUCGGUACGGGGACCAUGGUUUGGGGAGGCUGAUUUGGGAUUGAAAGGACAUUUUAAAGAAGAGAAGUUAUGUGUUUGUAAGCGAGUGAGUUACGAUAAGGAUAUUAGACAGAGCGCGGAGAAUUUCUCGGUUGAAGAGUAUGAAGUAUUCAAGAUUGUCAAAAAGACGUAUAACGAAAAGUGGAAUGAGAAGAUAGAUAGGAAGCCUGUGGACGGCUGUGUAGAAGAGAAUGUAGAACAGGGUAUGAAAGAAGUUAAUAUAGUCAGUGAUGCAGUAAGCGUUACUAGCGAGACAGUUGAUUAUGUAGACGAUAAUGACGGAAGUGGAGUUGGAAUCAAAAGUGAAGAAGUUGAAAAAGAGAGUGAGCGAGUGGUACAAGAGGGGAAUAAGAGUCGAUGUAUAAGUAUUAAGAGAACUGUUAGGAAAUAG